AUGAACGGUCUUGGGCCGCCCCACGGCUGUGAACUAUCUCUGCCCUUUUGUGCAGAUGGCGGGGCAUUGUUGGGCGCCAAGGCCCCCCAAGUCAGCGGGAUCAGGGUUCAGCUGGAGAUGCAGGCCCUUUGGCAGCAGUUUAACCAGCUGGGCACAGAAAUGAUCGUGACCAAAUCUGGACGGAGGAUGUUUCCAACAUUCCAGGUGCGAAUCUCUGGUAUGGACGCCACGGCCGAAUAUGUGCUGCUCAUGGACUUCAUCCCAGUCGAUGACGAAAGAUACAGAUAUGCGUUCCACAGCUCGUCCUGGUUAGUGGCAGGGCGCGCAGAUGCGGCGGCCCCGAGCAGGAUGCAUUUCCACCCAGACUCCCCCGCUCCUGGAGCCCAGUGGAUGAAGCAGACUGUGUCCUUUGACACUCUCAAACUCACCAACAACCUGCUGGAUGACAAUGGACAUAUGAUACUGAACUCCAUGCAUCGCUACCAGCCACGCUUCCACGUGGUGUAUGUCGAUCCAGCACCUAACAGCCAUUUAAAUGCAUACAAAAACUUCUGCUCUUUUUCCUUCCCUGAGACGCGCUUCAUUGCCGUCACUGCUUAUCAGAACCACAGGAUCACUCAGCUUAAAAUCGCGAGCAACCCAUUCGCAAAAGGCUUCAGGACCACGGACCUGCAGGCC